AUGGCUUCUCGCAGCGACCAUCCCCCCUUGGACAUCGCCAUGGACACCGAUCCCUCUCUGGGCCAAUCCGUUGCGUACGAGUUGUCACACAUGCCGCAUCUCUCAAUGACCUUUCGCGCAUGGCAGAAGCUGAAGAGCUGUUACGGUCGACCCAUUGAGAUCAACGGGUAUAACUUGGACAUCGCCAGUCUGGUAGCAGUGGCAAAAGAAGGUGAAUUACCAUACCUCGAGCAGAGUGCAGAGCUUUUUCAGCGGCUGGAUGAAAGUCAACGUAUCUUGCAAGAGAAUCUGGUGGCCGGAAACCAGAUAUAUGGCGUCAAUACAGGUUUCGGAGGAAAUGCCGACUUGAGAACUCAUAACCUCAUUGACCUUCAACGAGCUCUAACACAGCAUCAACAUUCGGGCAUUCUGAUCAUGGACGACCCCGAAUUGCAACCCUACGUUGACAGAGAACUCAAUCCACACUCAAUGCCGUCAAGCUGGGUGAGAGGUUCAAUGCUCGUACGAUGCAACACCAAUCUCAGAGGACACAGUGCAGUCAGUCUCAAAACCAUUGACACCAUGAUGGAAUUCAUCCGCAGAGAUUUCAUACCCAUUGUGCCCUUGAGAGGAUCAAUCUCGGCCUCGGGUGACCUCAUGCCGCUGUCGUACAUCGCUGGAGCAUUGCAGGGAAAUCCUGAUAUUUUAUUGCGCUGUGGAGGAGACGAAGUCACAAUCAUGAAUUCUCAAGAAGCAUUUGCAAAGUUGCGUCGGCUCCACCUGGAAGAAGGCAAUGGCUCUUACGCGUAUCACUAUUCCCCUCUUAUUCUGGAACCAAAGGAAGGGCUUGGUCUGGUCAACGGCACCGCACCUUCGGCAACAGUGGCUUCGCUGGCAAUGUGGCAGGCGAACCAGCUUGCUGUUCUCUCACAGGUCAUCAGCUGCCUGACAUCUGAAGCACUUGGGGCCAAUGCUGAAUGGACACAUCCUUUCAUUGCAAAAGUUCGUCCGCACUCAGGUCAGACCGAGGUGGCCCGGAAUAUGAGGAAGCUCUUUGAGGGUUCAAAGCUUGUUCGUGGACUUGGUGAUCACAUCAAUCGGGAACAAGAAGGUCUUGUCCAAGAUCGCUACGCGACCCGGACAUCACCACAGUGGAUUGGUCCGCAGUUGGAGGAUCUUGUACUGGCUACCCAGCAGCUGGUUUGUGAACUCAACUCAACGACAGAUAAUCCUAUCAUCGACAGCGAAACCCGAGAGGUUCGUUGUGGAGGAAACUUUCAGGCAACCUCGGUCACAAUGGCGAUGGAGAAAACCCGAUUGUGCUUGCAGAUGAUUGGUAAAAUGCUGUUUGCGCAGACCACUGAACUAUUGAACCCAACGCUGAACAAUGGAUUGCCUCCCAACCUGACGCCAGACGACCCCAGUCUCUCGUACUGUCUGAAGGGCGUCGACAUCAACAUGGCAGCGUACCAGUCUGAGCUCGAAUUCUUGACCAACUCAGUCAGCUCGCACGUGCAGACUGCGGAAAUGAACAACCAGGCCAUCAACUCGUUGGCCCUGAUUUCAGCACGGUACACAAUGGACAGCGUCGAAUUGGUUUCCUUGAUGACAGCCUCGGCAAUCUUUGUGGGACUUCAAGGAGUCGACCUCAAAGUCAUGCAUAAACACCGCCUGGACUUGGAUGAAUCCUACGUCAAGGACAUCACCUUUGAAUGCUUUGGGGAGACAGCAAUACUCUCUGAAGAGGCGUUGGAGGAGCUGCAUCCGAUCAUGUGGCGCAAGGCCAGUGAAGCAUGGUAUGCGAGCGCCAAGUCUGAUGCCAGCGAUCGAGCAUCCGCCAUGGCAGCAGCAGCGGUCGAAGCUGUCAUGGGCUACAUGAUGACACACGAGUUGAACUCCACGCCAAGUGCACGCCAGUUGCUGCAGGAAACCAAUAUCUUCCAGGAACGACUUCAUGAGAGCAUGUUGACUUCAUUCGUGAAGUACCGAACCGAGUUCACCAAGUCUCCCAGGACAGUUGGAUACUUGGGCCGUGGAGCGGCAGCGCUCUACCAAUACGUCAGAGAGGACUUGGGGGUGCCUUUCUAUCGAGAGUUCCAAGAAGAUCCACAAGAUGGACACAUUGUCGGCCGUACUGAAAAGACAGUUGGGUCGUACCUCUCGAGAAUCUACCACACUGUGCGUCAUGGAACACUGUUUGACGCAUUGAUGAAGUCACUGGAAGGACUCGUUGAUGAUGUGGAGUAG